AUGGCUUCCCAGAGUCGUUCCUUGCCAGUGCUUGCGGCCGCUGCAUGCUGCGUGGCUCUGCUUCGCAGCCUCUGGACACCAAGCCAGCCGAGCUUUGUGUCUCAGCAGAGCGUGCACAUGGGCUGCAAGGCCUUGUCGGGUGGUGCCUUUGUCUCCGGCAAUGUGCCAGCGAUCGUUAACACUGUUCCGGCUCGCCCGGGUGUGCCUGCCCACUUCAAGGUGACACUGGAGACUCCUGAUGGCACCGAAUCUUUCGAGUGUCCUGAAGACGUGUACAUCUUGGACCAGGCUGAGGAGGAGGGGCUUGAGCUGCCCUACUCCUGCCGCGCAGGCUCUUGCUCCAGCUGUGCUGGCAAGGUCUUGGAGGGCGAAAUCGACCAGAGUGACCAGGCAUUCUUGGACGAUGACCAGAUGGGCGAUGGCUUUUGCCUGACUUGUGUGACGUACGCCACCUCCGACGUCACCAUCAAGACACACUGCGAGGAUGAGUUGUGA